UAAUCGACGAUUUUUUUGUCGAAAUCGCGAUUAUGAGGGAUUUGUUGAGCUCGAACCGAUUUAAUAAUAGGUGUCGUAUCUAUAGCAUAGAAGUUUCAGCCUCAUAUUUUACUGGCUGAUAAGUCAGCAAAAAAAUCGGCAAACUGGUCGAUUUUAUCGCGAUAAAGCGCACAAUUAAUCGGUCCGUAACUCGCGAUAAAAUCGUCGAUUUUUUCGCGACUUUUCAUCACAUGGGUUAAUAACGCAUAUGAUCUUAGUCUGAUAUAGUAUUUCUCAACUUGUUGUACAUAAACCAUCUAUUUCUAAAUGAAAGCUGUGAUUAAAAUUGAAUUAAAUUUUCUUUUCUAAGCUCAUCGUUUACAUGGAAAAGGAAAUGCUGCUACUAAUACAAAAACAACAUCUUCAACAGUCUAUGAAAGAGUGGCCAGUUUAUUACUUGAUAUUAUAAAAAGUACUGCUCAUUCUGUGCAAAAUGAUACAAAAAUGCGUUCAUCAUUUAAAAUAAACGUUUGUCCGUCUGAUAAUAAUAAAGAUUUUCUCGAUUUAUACGAUAUGAAUGAAAAAGAAAUAUUAGGUGAAGGACGAUUUGGUAGGGUAUUUGGAGGAACAAUGAAGAAGAAUGGUGUUCCAGUGGCUAUUAAAAGAAUUGAAUUAUUACAGUGUACAGAACAAGAUCGUCAAAAUAUUCAACAAGAAGCAUCGUACCUAUUUCAAUUGAAUCAUCCUGGUAAGAUAUGAUUGCUGUUAGGAAUGUUACGAACUUGAACUCAAGUUCGAGUUGUCCUUAAAGUACGAAGUUCGAGUUCGAUCUCUAAGAUGUGCGAACGUUCGAGUUCGACUAUACACUAAGACUUUUGUGAUUUUUCACACUAUGUUGAUUUGUUAUACGUAAAAAGCCUACGGGAAAUGAUUUCUGGGUUCUCCGUUUAAAGUUAUUCGAACUAAUCAAAGUUCUUUAUCUUUGAAAACUUUUCCUCGUUCGAAAAAAUGUUUUCAAAAGAAGUGCCAGUCAAAUUUGAAGAAUUUCAUAUUGCAUGUUCUUUUGAUUGUAUGGACGCUGCAGACAUUCGACUUCCUUAAAUUGUACGUCAUUCGAACGACCGCUAAAAUCUGAACAAAUCCUGAUAUUGUUUCGAUUUUCAAAAUAAUUUCUGAAUCUAGAAGAAAAAUUAAAGAAAGUUGGAUUAGAAAAAAGAGAAACUGAUUUCUCUAGUAAAACAAUUAUCAUGAUAACAAUUCGAUCAAUCUCGAACAAUUCUUAGUACAUCUUGUAGACAAUGAAAUUCAACAAUGAGUGCUAUUAGAAUUGGUAUAUUCAUGAAAAUUGUUUUAAACAUGAUUUAAUUUGCAUAAAAUCAUGUUUCAUCAUCAAUAGGUGCACUAUUCUUCCUCGUUAGACCUCGGUUAUUCGUUUUAAGCACAAACAAUUUAUUUUUUCCAACUCUUCAGUGUAAGUUAAGAAAACACUAUAACUGGUCGGUUAUCAUGAGCACCCAUUGUGUAUGUUAUGGACACCUGUUUUAUUUCUGACCAUAUAGACUUGAAUUUCCUUUCAAAACAUUCUCCGUUUCAUUCUCUACAAACAGCAGAUUGAACAUGGUUUUAUAUGCUAUAAAAAGAAAAGAAUAGAGAGAAAAUAGUACGAAGCAUCGAUCUCGAUUAUCCCAAACAGAAUGAAACACAAAUUAUUCUGAAUAGGGAGGGUGCCAUGUAACAAACUGAAAUUCAAAUUUAUGUUCUCAGAACAGAACGUCGACACUUCGGAACGCCGGGUACUCCGAAGUGUCAACUUUCUUUUCGUGUAUCGGAAGUUCUCCUGAAGCGUGUUUUUCCGGUACAAAAGGCGACUCAGAGAUGCUGUAAUACUCUUCCGCCGCGUAUUCAAAUGUUACUGCGUAAAUAUCCAUACGGUGCGUAACGAAAUUCUUAAGUAAAGUACUGAAAAUGACACACUCGAUAUAAUACUCAGAACGAGUCUUUUUGAGAUAUUUGAUUAAUUUGCAUAAUAUGCGAAGUGGGAUGUUUGAGAGUUGAGAGAUAUUUGAGAGUUUUCACGACAUCUAUAAAUAAAACUGUAUUGGCUGAUUUUGAUGGUUAAUAACUUAAGCUGGUUCAUUGUCGUGAUAAGAGACGACAACGUAGAUAUGAGGUGGCGCUAGGUGGGAAGGUUAAGCAUAAGUUACUAGCAUCAACGUGAGUUUACGUUGAUUAUAGCGUCUUAAAUCUAACUUCUAUCUCUAACGAAACCGGAUCCGACGAGGAGAAGAUAAGAUAACAAUGAAUCGCUGCUGCCAGCCUCUAUUAUGUAGAAGCUUGUGCGAAAUGGAAAAUAACUUUCAAAUAGUGCAUUCGACUCGCCUUUGCAUUAUCUAUCGAAUGGUAAAACAAAAACUUUCAUAGC